GAGACAGAGCUGCCUGUCGGGCAUCAUUCAGGGCGUAAAUGCCCACAAGCAUGGGUGUGUAGGGCAGACUAAACAUCCAAGAAUACAAAGAAAGAGGCAUCAUGGCCGAAAUAUCUCUGUAUCUCACCAACGUGAAUGUGUCUUUGGGCCAAACGAUGGACGUAGAGAAGAUCCCCAGCACAGGGAAGGACUUUGAGAGUGUCGAGCUGGGAGACCUGGAGAAGGGGGAUCAGAAAGAAGAGAAAGCCCCACGAAGGAUCAUCCAUUUCUCUAGUGGAGAAACCAUGGAAGAAUACAGUACAGACGAGGAGGAGGGGGAGGACAAGGAACCAGAGAAGAAGGACCUACUGUCCCCCCCUGUCGAUGCGGUGAGGAACAAGCUGACCUGGGGCCCGUACUUCUGGUUCCAUAUGUGGAGAGCAGCUACCUCCACUGUUUCAGCUUGUGACUACCUCGGGGAGAGGAUGGCCUCGCUCUUUGGAAUCACAUCGGCCAAAUACCAGUACGCCAUCGACGAGUAUUACAGGAUGAGGAAAGAGAAGGAGGAGGAAGAUGAGGACAACCGGUUAUCAGAGGAGGCGGAGCAAUACUUUGUCGAGAAUCAGGACGAGGAGAUCCAUGGACCAAUGACUGAUCAGCCAGAGGGAACAGCUACCACCCCCCACUCCACGGACACCUAUGAGGUUGAGAAAGAGGCCAAGGCCACGCCUACUGCCAUCAGGGUCCCAGCCAUUGUCACGACAACAACCUAACUAACUUCUGGAGAGAUGAUUAUGUGUUGUCCAUGUUUGUUUUGUUUUAAUUUGUCAAGGAGGUGGAGGAGCUCUGGGGUCUGUCUCUCUGAUAGUGCUGAACGAUUAACUGAAAUUUUGUGUGCACAUUGCACAGUUUCUCUAGAGAUAAAUCAGAUCCAGACUGAACUGUGCGAUGUAGUACGGCGUUGUAGUUUCCAACAGGUCAAUAUUCUACAUAGUUUAGCGUGUAAAAUGUGGUAAUUAACUAUAAUACCCAUAAUCCAUUGCGCAUCUACUUGUCCAGUCUGUUUCUUUUACUGCUUCUACGGAAGAGAGAAGAAUGCGAGAUUGUGAGGAUCUAGAGAGCAGCUGUUGCUUUGCGGGGUAUCUACCUGAAAAUACAUGAUCUAAGUGAUUGAUAUUGGUAGGAAUCACUUGGUAUUCAGCCGUCAAAAGUAUGCCUUAUUUACAUUUUAAGAACUACAUUAUUAAAUAGUGAUUUUGUCAAGCAGCAGCUCUAGAUAUGACUUGGAAUUGAAUAUAAAAUAAUCAAAUAAAAAAAAUGUAAUAUACACAACUGAACUAUUUGAUUAAAGUCAUGUGAAUAAAUGAUGGUUAAUAAGUGUAAUGGGCCGUCACUACCAUCACGGUACUUUUAUUAAUAGUUGUAUUCUGUGUUACAGCAUUCAACCCACAUAAUGCAUAUUGCAUUUAAUGUUUGCAAAAAUUAUUGAAACCGAAAUUGAAAACCAUGAUUAUUUUUGAAUGAUCGAACUGAAACAGAACCGACCUCAAACACUAAUCGCUCAGCACUACUCUCUGAGCUCACAUUUGGUUGUGGAUAUGAAGGAGCCAUCUGUAAACCUGAGAGUCAGACCUGCUACUGCUUUAGCCCACGCCUCUGUCGUGUCAUUAAUACCAGACUACAAGGAACUAUGACAACAAACAGUGAAGGACGAUGACAGAGUAGCGACAAAGAAGUUAGAGUUGGUUGAAGCAGAAGCUGAUCCGACUACCAGGGCUAGCCUUCAGUGAUCCGACUACCAGGCCUAGCCUUCAGUGAUCCGACUACCAGGCCUAGCCUUCAGUGAUCCGACUACCAGGCCUAGCCUUCAGUGAUCCGACUACCAGGGCUAGCCUUCAGUGAUCCGACUACCAGGGCUAGCCUUCAGUGGGCAGUGCCACUGUCCUUUCUAUAGUCCUAUAGUACAGGCACAGUGUGGUACGGUAGUAGUACUGUGUUGUUUAACUAUGUGUCUCCAGUGGCCUUACCCCUAACUGGAGGCUGGUCCUAACAUUCCAACCUUGUGUCUAUCUAUCUGAUGCCUCUGAAGGGCUGGGUUUUUUUAACCUAAACCACAGAGCCAAGUAGUAGCCUAAACCUUAAUGCACUCGAACACAGGAAGCAUUCCUCCUUUAUACACUACUACUAGCAUGCCACUCACUUUGUUUUAAUUUAGACAACAUUUGUUUAAAUAUGUUGUUGAGCACUGACCUAAACAUGGUGUGUUGUUUCCCUGUGUAGCAUUACUGGCUUGUGGUCACUUGGUGGCUUGUAAUUUGGAACAUCUUUUCAGGCUGUUGGUGUAGCUGAGAUUUUGUAAAGGCAGUAUAAUCUGUCAUAUUUGUUUUUACUAGUCCAUUGGCCUAAUGCACAGUUGCCCUUGUUGUAAAGGAACUUUAUGUUAAACUUUUAUUUUGAUAUUCACAUAUUUAUUAUUAUUUUGUAUUUUCUGAGCACUUUUUUACAACGUACUUUAUGUAACAACACCUUGAUAAACUGUUAAUAAAUAUACUUAACUAUGCUUUAA